AUGAGGCUCUCCAGGAGCUCUGGAAUUGCUGUUGGUAGCGCUUUCUUGGCAACUCUCUCUUCAGCCGCGCAGGUGACCACUACCUUGACCAAAAAUGCCCAAGAUUUGUUUGACUGGUCCAUGCAUGUGAAUGACCUUCGGUGGGACGACUCGUACAAAUACAUCUGGUACGCUGAUAACGGGCCAUGGUCAACUCGGUUCACGGCCUGGUAUGUGGCAGGGCUUCUCUACCGAAACGAAGGCGCAGAUGUUGCCAACGCAAAAGCAGCCAUUGAGAAUCUCAUCACUUGCCAGUUGACCGAGGACUAUGAGUCCGCUUGGUAUGGAACCUUCAAGCUGUCUCCCGAUGAGCCUUAUCCCACCCCCGAUUCAGAUUUGUAUCCCCCGGAUAUCUACAACACGUACGACCCAAACUGGAGAGAAUUUAUUGGAACCCAGCUUGUCCAAGUUGUCGAAGAGUUCUCUGACUUACUCGGGACAAGCUUGGUCUCGCGUAUCGAGGACACCUUGGAGAUCGCCGCUGUUGGCUCCAUGCGUCGCAAUGGCACCUUUCCCGAAGGCGAUAACUUGACACCGGCCUAUUCAAAUCCUACUCUUAUGCGGGCGUGGUAUGUUUCUUGGAUCGGGAAGCGCCGCCACAAUGAGACUUUGAUCAAUUACGCGGAUGAGCAGGCUAACACGGUGCUGGCACUUUUCAAGUCCACUGGAUCUAACGUUCUCUCGGAGUACAAUGCACCCACCUACUACGGAAUGGAUAUCUGGGCUCUCGCAGGAGCGAUCAAAUACGGCCCUCCAACCGCCCAAAUGACCACCAAUGCGAAGCUCAUCUUGACAGAUCUCUGGGAAGAUAUUGCCGCUCAUUAUAAUUCUUAUCUUGGAAACAUGGCCGGUCCAUACGACCGUGCUUAUACACGCGACAUGGUCACUCAUUCCGCCGUGAUAGACUAUUUCUGGUGGGGAUUAUACGGGUACGGCCACGGGCCCCAACCAAAUAAGCUGGAAGCGGAUCUUUUAUACGACGUCGCCCAGGGAGCUGCACUCGCCCUUGUAGUGGAUGUGGUGGCGGACCACAUCUCUGCCAAGAAUGCGGAAUGGCUGUCGACGAACAAGUAUUGGGAAGGUGAGCGCCUCAUUACGAAGAAGGUCCCGGAUUCCCUCGUUCACGACGCCGAAGCGCGUGUCGUCACGUCGUGGAUCAGCGCUCCGCUCAUGAUUGGCGCGGAGCAGGUCAAUGAGACGGUCAACCGCGGCGAGCAGUACGUUCCGGCUAUUGUCCAGUGGGCUGGAGACAAGGACCAUACGCCUUUCCCUUACAUGACGUAUUUCAGUUUAUAUCCGACCGCGUCGACUAUCAAUGCCGUUGCGGGGCCCAACAGUUUGGAAAUUUCGUAUCCGAAUAUCACACAGGAUGGAACCGACAUCUUCACUUUUGUGCUUGCUGAGGUACCGCCGAGCUGGACGCUGACCAAGAAAAACGUUAUCAGCGGCUUGGACAACUUGCCUUGUCUGGAGGUCAACUUGACGGCCGAUGGCCUGGUGAAACAGCCGGUGGUCUAUGGGGCCACGGUGGAGGAUGACCGUGUUUAUAAUAUAUCCUACACUGUCCCGGUGGGCUUUACUGGCACACCCAAGGUCACAUUUACAUUCAGAUAUACGUGUUAA